GGCAGUGCCGGGCCGGGGCAGCGCUGCCGUGCUCGGGGGCUGUAGUGUGGGUGUCCCUUCCCCCGGCCCCGUCCCCUCCUCCCCUGCGGGCCCCCGGCAGCGCCCCCGCAGAUGGGCUUGGGCUGGAGCAGCGCGGAGGAGCGGCGGCCCCUCCUGCCGCAGCCGCCGCAGCAGCCGCGGCCGCAGCCGCGGGGGCCGGCGGGGGUCCCGGCGGGGGUCCCGGCGGGGCGGCUGCCGCCGCUGUCGGGCCGGGUGUACGGGCGGCGGUGGCUGGUGCUGCUGCUGUUCUCGCUGCUGGGCUUCGCGCAGGGCCUGGUGUGGAACACCUGGGGCCCUAUCCAGAACUCGGCCCGCCUGGCCUUCGGCUUCAGCGGCUGGGACAUCGCCCUGCUCGUCUUCUGGGGGCCCAUCGGCUUCGCGCCCUGCUUCUUCUUCAUGUGGCUCAUGGACAAGAAGGGUCUGAGGGUAACAGUGUUACUAACAUCAUCCCUCAUGGUAUUGGGAGCUGGCCUGAGAUGUGUUCCAGUUUCAGACCCAGAAAUUAGGAAAAAGCUGAUCCACGGCGGGCAGCUGUUGAACGGGCUGGCGGGGCCCACGGUGAUGAACGCCGCUCCCUUCCUUUCCACCACCUGGUUCUCCCCGGACGAGCGCGCCACGGCCACGGCCAUCGCCUCGCUGCUCAACUACCUGGGCUCCGCCGCCGCCUUCCUGGUGGGGCCGCUGGUGGUGCCGCCUCCCAACGGCACGGCUCAGCUGGCGGCGCCCAGCAACACCCAGCACAUCAAGGACCGCAUCGAGGCCGUGCUCUAUGCAGAAUUUGGAAUGGUUUCCCUGAUAUUUUCUGCAGCGUUGGCCUACUUCCCCUCGCGCCCUCCAUUCCCCCCCAGCGUGGCUGCAGCGAGCCAGCGGCUCAGCUACAGGAGAAGUUUUUGCAGACUCUUAAGCAAUUUCCGAUUCUUGAUGAUUGCUUUGGCCUAUGCGAUACCACUGGGUGUUUUCUCUGGCUGGUCUGGUGUUCUGGAUUUGAUAUUAACACCCAUUCAUGUAAGCCAGGUGGAUGCAGGCUGGAUUGGAUUUUGGUCUAUAGUUGGAGGUUGUGUUGUUGGCAUAGCAAUGGCAAGAUUUGCAGAUUUUAUCAGGGGCAUGCUGAAGUUCAUACUGCUGCUGCUUUUAUCUGGAGCAACAUUAGCAUCAACCUGGUUCACUCUCACCUGUCUUACUACUGUCACUCAUCUGCCUUUAACCACAGCUACACUGUACACAUCCUGCAUUUUGCUGGGCAUAUUCCUCAACAGCAGCGUACCAAUAUUCUUUGAGCUCUUUGUGGAGACAGUCUACCCUGUUCCAGAAGGAAUAAGCUGUGGAGUUGUCACCUUUCUGAGUAAUGUGUUCAUGGGAGUGCUUUUGUUUUUCCUCACAUUUUACCAUACAGAGUUUUCCUGGUUCAACUGGUGCCUGCCAGGGUCGUGUCUGCUCAGCCUGCUCCUCAUCCUGUGCUUCCGCGAGUCCUACGACAGACUCUAUCUCGACGUCGUCGUCUCCGUGUGAUCACCCCGCACUGGUGAGGGCUUGGAAGAGACUGGAAGUCAGCUUUGCAGUCUGCACAUCUGCCUGGAUUUGCACAGCUGAACAGCAGAAAAACAAAGAAAUUUCAAGACUUAAUUGUGGCUUUAUUUAGAGAGGAUGAGGGAUGGGUCGUUCUUACGUUCAAGACCAUCUUGAUUUGCUAUAAAUGUGGAACUGGAGUGGUGAUGGUGACACCAAAUGCACAAAGAGAAUCUCUCUGCUGUCCAGGUCCCUGUGCAGGGCUGGGGCUCUCUGUUGAAGAGGCUGUUGAUGUAGCAGUGAGGUGUAUGUUGUGUGUGUGUGUCUGUGUGCUGACUCACGGUUAUACACACCAGGGUACCAGUAAUCUUCAGAGUCUUCUAUCAGAAUGAAAAUAGGGAAUAAUCUUAACAAAAGGAAAAAAAAUAAGAAAAGAAAACAAAAAUCUUUUCAAGAUCUCUUUAAAAUCACUAGUCAUUUAUAUGUUGAAUGUUCAUUAAACAUUUAAGCUAAUAUGAUUUGGUGCUUGUACACUACAUUUACAUUCUAAUAAAGUGGGUUCUGAUAUAAGACACUGGUACCAGGGUUUUUAGCCAUACUAAAUACCCCAAAUAAUACCUAAAUACCCCUGCAAAUAAUCCUUGCAGUGUUAUUAGAGGUGUAUGUUACCACCCUGGAGCACAAGUAAACAAUAGCUUUAGAUGCCACUGAAUCCCAAACCGCACCCACAGUCAUCUCUGAAAUGCCACCAUGGUUCUAUCUCCUGAAUAUGGAGCUUCUGUGGUGUACUGGAGUGUCACUCUAGGUAAAUGUUGCUGUUCUAAAGGCCACCACUGUGUCACGUUUCCAUCCUCCAUCUCCAGUACUGCCUUUUUUACUGUUUGUGCCACUGAAUACUGUGGGUGUGGAUGUCUGAAUCCUGCUAGUUCUCUCCUGAUACUCUAAGGUGUGUGUGGUUUUAGGAUUAGUUUAUGACUGAGGGUGCCUAAACAAUAUUGCUUGUAACCCAGGUCUGGAGAAAUCACUGUUUCCUAAAAAACCCCUUCCAGUUGAGGAGGUGCAUUGAUGGCGAAAUGACAAUGAUUUUGACAAUGAGUAACUCACAAAUUCUGGCAUGAUAUGGGAAAUUGAUGCCAGCUCUUUUUAUCAGUACUAAUCUGUGGUCGUUCUGGCCCUUACUUGAACAUAAAUAUUAAAGACACUUUGAAUAGUUUUUUAACUCAAUUUUUAAACCUGCUAAUGAUUUGUUAAUUAUAUUCUUAGAUUUCAGUUCAGCAUCAUUUAAAAUAUUUCUGUAUGUGUGUGUGUUCUGUGCUUUGUGUUACGGGGGUGUGUUUGUGUGUAUGGGGGCGUGCAUAUUUAUAUCAAUGUAUAAACAAAUAAAACUUAUAUAUAUAAGAUAGAUAUAUAUAUAUAUAUAAGUUGUGCAAGGGUAUGUGUUUCCCUAGGUUUACUCCAGGUGAUCCUGUCUAGGGAAGGUGAUGUGCCCUUGUUUGUAACCAAGCCAGUCACUGCCGUGAGUGGGAAUGCCUUGUGUGACAGGGAUUGUUUUCAGGGAAUGGUUUCCUCUCCUGGCAGUUCUGUGGCAGGGGGUGGGUGCAUGUGUUGGAGGAGGCUCUGCAUUUCUAGAAGUUGAAUCAAGCACCCUCUGCUCCUGUGUGGGGCUCUUCUUUGCCCCUGGGGCAACACCAACACGGUAAGCUCGCUCAAAUAAACCCAGAACUACCUUUCAGACACGGAUCUGUUCCUUCUGCCUGCUCUCCUUUUGCAGAGAGAAUACACCUCUAAGACUUAACUCAGGAGUGUCUCUGUGCAGUAAAAUAAAACAAGCUGUUCCCUGCUUUUAUGUUUUCAGAGCAAUUGAUGUACUUACUGUAGUAACUGAAAAUGGAUUUAGCUCAUUGCCUGUAUCAGCUCUAAAUAGUCUUUCCUGUCUUGAAGCAGGUUCUUUGUGGCAGUGGAGCUAACCUGCAUAGGGAAAAUUAAAUCAGUCCAACCAGCACAUUCAGAUCCACUGGCAUCAUCCCUUACUUUUCAGAUGAGUAGUGUUAACUGUCCAGCUUCUUUUUACUACAUUUUAGUGCCUGGAUUAAUUUCAGUAUCCACUAGCUGCUGCUACCUAUUGUCCCUGAAACGAGGGAUCGUUUGCCAAGAGACUGGAGUUGCAUUGUCAUGGCAGAACUGCAAGCUGGGAUGGCUCUUCAGAGCUCUGUUUCUGCAAUUUACUGUAGCUAUAUAAAGAUUAAAAUUGCUGUCCUGAGUGACAGAGAUUUCUAAUCCUUUCACUGUCCUGACUGUUUUAAGAUGGAGAAGCAUUUUACACAAUACUUAGACUACAACCUAUUAUUCCUCUGUUCCAGAAGGCAUCAAACAAUUCAAAAUAUUUGUCAGUGCUUCCAGGUGCAGGCUCUCCAUAGUCAGGGGAGAAGAGUGAACCUCUUGUUUCAAGCCCUGUUGAUUGUUUUUCUGAGUCAGAGUGAAUGGCUCACUGUGACUGAUGCUUUGGUAUCUGUUUCUCUGUGUGGUGAGUUGACUGUGGGUGGACACCACGUGCCCAGCAAAGCCACUCUGUCUUUGCCCUCCUCAGCUGGGCAGGGAAGAGAAAAUACAAUGGAAAGCUCAUGAGUUGAAGUAGUGACCAUCAUGGGCAAGACAGACUCAACUCGUGGACACUAGUUCAGUUUACUAACAAUCAUAUCACAGUAGGAUAAAGAGAAAUAAACCCUAAUCUUGAAACCACCUUUCCCCCAUCCCUCCCUUCUUUUCAAGCUUAACUUUACUUGUGGUUUUCUCUCCACCCUCCCCUCAGCAGCACAGGGGGACAGGGAAUGGGGGCUGUGGUCAGACCAUCCCACAUUUCAUCCCCUGGGGGCUCCUCACAUUCUUCCACUGCUCUAGCAUGGGGUCCCUCCCAGGGGAGACAAUCCUCCACGAAUUUCUCCACUGUGGGCAGAGACCUUUGGGAACAGUCCUGCCAGCUCCAGCCUGAGCUCCUCUCUCCAUCCUGCCAGGAGUCUGCUCCAGCAGGUUGCCCACAGCCUCCUUCGGGCAUCCAGCUGCAUGGCAGGGGGUUCUGCACAGGCUGCAGGUGGAUCUCUGCUCCCCAUGGGCCACAGGGACACAGCUGCCUCACCAUGGUCUGCAUCACAGGCUGCAGGGGAAUCUGCUCCAGUGCCUGCAGCAGCUCCUGGCCCUCCCUCUGCACUGACCUGGGUACCUGCAGAGCUACUCCUCUCUCCAGCUGUGCAGUAACUUCCAUUCCUUUCUCUGUUAUCCCAGAGGUGUUAUCACCGUGGCUGGUGGGUUCAGCCUUGGCCAGUGCCAGUGCUCCAUUUGGAGCCUGGCUGGGUUGGCUCUGUCCCUUAUGGGGCAGCUCCCAGAUGCUCCUCAUGGACACCAGCCCUGCAGCCCCUCACUGCCAGAGCCUUGGCAUGCAGAGCCCGUGCCCUGUGUCUGCCUGGCACUGCAGCUUGGUCUGAGUUACAGCCACCAGGGCCUCUGCACUGGAGCAGGGACCUUCUGCAGGGCUGGGCAGCCCAGCCAGGCCCUGCUGGAAACCUGCAUGGGGUUCACAGGCACUCUGCAGUCAGGGCUCAACCCGAGUUCCCAGCAGCUCUGAUGGAAAUCUGCCCACGUGAAAGUCUCAAAGGAUUGCUCCCAAAUUACUUGAAGUUGUGCAGGACAUGGUUGCAUUCUACACACACAGUGUUCAAGUUUUGGAUUUUAUUAGAUUAGCAAACCUGGCCUAGGAUGGAAAUGAGGAUUAUAAAUGUGCUUGCUGAGAUUUCUGAAAAACACUUCAUCCCCAUCUGUGCUCCACAGCAGCACCCUUCUGUGGAGGAGCAGUCCAUUUCAUGUCAGUAACACAACUCAACCCAUAGAAAUAUUUUUGGAUAAGCAUUACUGCCUGGUCCAGCCUUGUUUGGAUUUAGCAAGAGUCCAACCUGCCAGGUUACUUGCACUUCUUUGGAAGUUUGAGUUUGAAGCACAGGGAGAGCCCUUAGCAGUGCAGAUGCAAUUAGCAGUAGUGCAGAAUAGGCUCAAAACAGUUAAUGCUUUUCUUAAUAAUGAAAGUUUGAAGUCUCUCUAACUUGGACCAGUCAUAGCAUUGGCUGCUGCGUGGCCUGUGACUUGCCAGCAGAGGAAGGUGCCCUGAGAAGCCCUGGAAUAUUCUUCUCUUUGUGGCCUGUAAGUUCACAGCCCUGAAGAAUCUCUUCCCCAGCAGCGCGAGCCCCUUAACACAGGUAAUGGUGUUGUGGUUUGUAUUGGGAAUGCUGGGAAGGUUGCUCCAUGGUGACCACUCUCUCCUAAUGGUUCAUUGCAGACAUUUGUUUGGCUCAGUGACACUCCUGGUUCAGCUUCCAGUGCUGCUGGCUCUCCUUCUCCUGAGCUCUGGAGCUGUGCAAGCUCCCAUGCUGUUCAUGGGGAGGCUCAGGAUUAGGAAAUGCAGGCUCCACUUGCAGCACUGCUUCCUGUCUCUGGUCACUGCUGUUACCCAUUAACUUCCUCUGGCAUCCUUUGCCCUCCCUCGGGGCUGCCUGCUCCCCUAAGCUGGAGGUGUGGAGAAGAGCUUCCUUGCUUCCAGAGCAAUCUUCCAGGGAAAGGAGGUUGGCUGACCAUGUACUUAAUGGACAUUAGAAUAGGGAUUUUUUUUUUUUUUUUGAAAUCAUGCCAGUUGGAAUAAAGUGCAGACCCAAAGGAUUCUGCACAUAUCAUGAACAGAUAAUCUGUUAGAAGCAGCCUGUAAUUUACCUGAAACCUGUGAUUUUAGCUCCCACACCUGGAGAGGCCAAGCAGAUGGGCACUAUGUGUGUCAGGAAUUCAGGCUCACAGCAUCACAGUUAUUCCCAACCAUUUGACAGAGCUGAAAGGACUGGGAGUGGGAUGUCUUGAAUCUUGGAGUGGGUUGGAAAACCCCAGACUCUGUCAGUGUUUGUAGUGGUAACUUGGGGAAAGCACUAGGUUGGACUGAGUAGCAAGAAGUGCCCAGUUCCAGGUGGCAUUUCAGCACUGAAAUAUUCCACUGGACUGGUGAAGUCCAUGUGCAAUUUGAAAUUUUGUGGUGACAGGGACGUUAAUGCUGGGCUUGUUCUGCAGUAAACUGAGCAAGUGGCUGCAUGGCCUUGCACUGCAACAUAAACAAGCUGCACUGAUUGAUGUGCAUGUGUUGGUUCUUGCAAGAAAGGGAAAUGUGAUUUAAUUGUCAGGAGUGACUGAAAAAUGAAUGGGAAUUACACAGUUUGCACGGUGGAUAUAACUGCUCUGUAAUGGUGUGACAGCAGGGCUCUAAUUGUUAAUUUCUUUUGUUGGGUCACUUGCAAAUUAAGUAAGUAUCUCUGACAAAGGCAUUUUUAUGUUUCAUUAGUUUUGAGGAGGUUCCUUUUAUACUUAGUACAGACCAUUGUAAUAACUUGGCAAGACAACUGCUACACUGUGAGGAAACCCACACCAGUUCUGGGUAUUGAUUUGGUAUUUGAUGUUGGUGCUGCCAUUCUCAGGGUUGUUAAAGCACCACAUGGAAUGUGGGGUGUGCAAGGAGCUGUGUGUGUGGAUGCACAGUUGUGCAAGGGCAGAUGCCAACCCUGCCAAAACACACAAGAACUUUGUCACCUUCCGUGGGUCCCAGCAUUCCAGCUGUGGGGGAGAAGAGGGAAAUGCUCUCUUGUGGCUGCUGCCUCCUGUCCAUCAGAGACAGCCAGGCAGCCUCCAGGUUCCCUGCUUCACCUGAGGGGACCAGGGAUCAUCACCAUCAACACAGAUCCAUCUCACUUCCCUGCAGCUGUGACUGCUGCCAGCUGGGUUGUGGGUGGCACAGGAAUAUCUGCCUUGCUUCCUCCAGGAGUGUCACUUCAGCUGGCAGAGCAUUGCCCCAGAGCAGGCACAGUCACAGUGAAGUCAGAAGAAGAUGUCAAUCUGCUCACAAUUUUUGCAGUUUGUGUUUCAAGACAGAUGAAACUAAUAAAUAAAGGAAGAAAUGUAACUCUGUCCAAAGUUUUGACAAGCAAAAACAAAUAUUUGCACAGAUGUGCUGGCUGCUGCCAAUUACUUGGGAUUGCAAUGUUUUUGGAUCAAUUCAUGCCCCCCACAGCCCCAGCACUGUUUCUUCACUGCUCAGGCCCAGCAGCACCGUGGGAAGCUUCAGGCCCUGGUGGAGGGCAGGGACUGCAGCACAGAGGGAGAAGAGAAGGGCUGAGCCAGGAUGCCCAGGAGGGGGAAUGUUGGGCACCUGGGCUAUUUGCACAGAAGGGGUGUCUACUUCAGCCCAGUUGUUUCAGAGCCUCAUUUUUUCCUUCCUCAAGGAUGAGUGUUUGACCUUCAUUUUCUGUUUGUGAUGGGAUUUGAGCUGCAGGGACAGGGACAGCCAUGGUGGUGGCACAUGAUGUAGAGGUGCUGGUUCUCCAGGGUGCAGCAGGGAAGGCAGGUGGGACUUGCUCUCUGUAAUAACAGCUCUCCCCAGUGGCUUCCUCCAUGUGAUUUAUCCUCUUGUUGCAUCUGGACAGACUCACUGCACUCACUUUGCAUUGCUACAUGAAGACAAUACCAGCAGCAAAAAUUUUUUUCUUUACCUUCAGGCUGAGGCCACUUCUCCAGUCUUAGUCCAUGUGUUUGUCAAAGCCACCACAAGGCCAAGCUCAUGUUUUUCUUCUCAGAGGGGAUGUGCAGGUUUGUGUGGAGCAGGUUUGGGGAAGGGCUGCCAGGUGGCUUGGGGUGCCCACCCAUGCCAGGUGAGGGGGAUGCUCCAUGUCCCUCCCCAGCAGGGACAGCCUGAACGUGCAAUAUCAACCAGAGCUGUGUUCCCUGCCCCCUCCCCACAGCUCUUCUUUCUGCUCUGACCUUUCUGCUUCACCUGGGCCAGGCCAGCCCAGCAGAGCUGCAGGGUGUCCACAUGGGCAGCCUGCCAUCAGCUCCUGAUCCCAUGGGACAAUGAUGCAUUUUCCAAACAGAUCUCUUUUCUCUGCCUAUGAUAUUUGCUAGAUUAAAAUCUCUUUUUCCCCUACCGUGUUUAAUGUCUUCCACUGUGCAUUUUAGAAAGAAGUACUUGAUAAGGUCAUCAAAACAGCUUUUGAUUAUGGGACACACCUAACAGUUGGGGUUUUUUUGAACUGCAUGAACAUAUGGAGAAGGAAGAGGGUUUUACAUGUUGGAGAGCAUCUUUGUAAACUAUCCUUGACUUGUAAGACUGUUCAGUUUUACUGGAGUUUGUAUGCAUUUUACUUUUGUAAUUUUUUAAGUGAUUUGAUAGCAUUUUAUUUUAGGGCAAAUUCUACAUUUUGUAUGCGAUAUUCCAAUGUGGUGUAUUUUUACUUUUGAGGAAAUAAUGUUGAAACCUCUAUAUACUUGUCAAUGUAACAUAUCCAUUGUGUAAUUCCUAUUUAAAACUGGACUCUGACCAUGAAGUGCGUGUUAUUUUACGUACUGGUUGUUGCACAUUAAAGAGGUUACUCAGUUUGCUGCCA